UCUUUAUAUAUAUAAUCCCUUUCCUAAUGUCGUGCUUUCUUCAAACUUCUAUUUUUUGUUGUAAAAACAUAAAAAGCCAUUCGUCCUAGAUACAUAAGACAUAGCUGUUCUCUAAAAUGCAUCCAUCUUCAUUGUCGAGUGACUCUAUGAUAACCAAUGGUUAUUAACCAUUCUUUCCUGAUAAACUCAAGUAUACUGGAUAAUUACGCUCCUUUGCGUUGACAGUUGAUUUUCUUUCCGCUGUUAACCUUUUGUACUAUUGAAGCAAGUAAUAGGUGAGAGAGACUCUGCUUUAAGAUGGGAGAUCAAUGUGUGUUACCCUGCUAAUUAUUCUGAAAGAAAUUUUUUUCUUUCUAAUUUCACUUGUGAUUUAGGAAAAUUGGUUAUGAAUUUGUCAACAUAACCUUAGUUUGAGUUGCACUUGCACCAAGUCUCUUGGAGACAACUUGAUCUCAGGAACAGUCUGAACCACAUUGAGGCUGCUUUGCCUCCGGUUUAUUAUACCUUAGUAUUUUGACUUAAAUGAAGCAGUGCCUUUCUCUAUAAGAAAAACCCAUCUUAUAGUUUAAGUUGAACUGAACUCUUAUUGUGUUUCCCAUAGUUUAAGUUGAACUGAACUCUUUAUUAUAAAUGAACUAUAGGUCCAUCUUAUAGUUUAAGUUGAACUGAACUCUUUUUGUGUUUCCCAUAGUUCCUAUUCUCAUCUCCAAUGUUGUGUUCUCCGUCGACACGUUUAGUUUCGUGUAAUAUGAUUCUAAUUCCUCGAAGCUUUCGAGCUCUGUUUCAUCGUCUAUGUCCUCUUUUGUAAUAAAUGUGCAAUACUCAAUGUUACAAAUGUUGCAGGUUAAAUUCACUAAGACUGGAGUAUGUCAUGGGUUUGUGUUGUGGAUUGACUGGGUGAUGGAUUCGCAGAGUUCUGUUGUAAUAUCAACCGGUCCAGGAUUUGAUGCAUAUCCUACGUUUUCAGAGAUACCUGAGACCAACUUGUCCGGAAUGGAAUGUGGACUACCUAUUCAAUUAUCUUUCUCAGCUCGUGAAAUAGCAGAUGGCUCUUUUUUCAAGGCAAUUGAAGAUUAUGACCCAGCCAUCAAGAGGCUCUUGUACCAGCUAGAGAAGUGGGUGUUAUCUCAAUAAGUGUUCAUUAGAAUAUAAGUUGAUCAUACAUUUUGAUCACUCUACAUAAGGUGCCAAAAAUUGAGACUUCAGAAACUUUAUCUUUUCUUAAACUAAAUGCAAAGUAUGUGCAUCCAGCUGCCAUGGAGUUGCUUCUUUUUUAUUUUUUUAUUUUAAGAAUCUUAACAGCUCAAAGACUAAACAUACGAAAAAAUUGUUUGAUUGAACAUAUAAUCUUACUGCUACACAAUUUUAUGGCAGUAAUUCAAAGACAAAGGUACAUUAGCAUCAUUUCUAAAAAGUUCCAUUUAAAUUAAUUUUGAUAUUAGUAUGGAUGUUUACGAACACUUAAUCAGUCGAGGUUUUCUAAAAGGUUACAUUCGUUGGAUCUUUUAUGGUGAGAAAGUUAGCAGUUCAAAUCCUGCAAGUGCAUCUGAAGUACAA